CAAAAACUGGAUACUUCGCUUUUAUUCCGAGGAAAAAAGCAGAAGUGGACCAGUCGCGUUCAGCCAGUGAGUGACGCGGGUUGCGCACGCACACACGCGCGCACGCGAGCUGACACUUCGCCGGAGCGCGCAGAAGACAGCGAGCGACAAACGGACGGUUUGGCUGUCUGCUGAAGUGAUCCCGCCAUGCGUGAAUACAAGCUUGUGGUGUUAGGCUCUGGUGGUGUGGGCAAGUCCGCUCUGACAGUUCAAUUCGUACAGGGAAUCUUUGUGGAAAAAUAUGACCCAACAAUAGAAGACUCCUACAGAAAGCAAGUGGAGGUAGACGGGCAGCAAUGUAUGCUUGAAAUACUCGACACAGCCGGCACAGAGCAGUUCACGGCAAUGAGGGACUUGUACAUGAAGAACGGCCAAGGCUUUGCCCUGGUUUACUCCAUCACAGCACAGUCUACAUUUAAUGACCUCCAGGACCUGAGAGAACAGAUUCUACGAGUAAAGGACACCGAGGAUGUGCCGAUGAUCCUGGUGGGCAACAAGUGCGACUUGGAGGAUGAGCGUGUGGUGGGCAAGGAGCAGGGCCAGAACUUGGCCAGACAGUGGAAUCACUGUGCCUUUUUAGAGUCCUCUGCUAAGUCAAAGAUCAACGUCCUCGAUAUCUUCUAUGACCUGGUCAGACAGAUAAAUAGGAAAACGCCAGUGGAAAAGAAAAAGGCAAAAAAGAAAUCCAACUGUGUGCUGCUUUAAAGACGCUCCCUUUCCUUCAGCCUCUGCAGCAGCUCUGAGCCAGAAAUGCUGUAAUGAAGAACUGUUGCCCUGAUUGGAACGUGCCAGCAUUCCAACAGCCCCCCCAUGCCCCCUCCUUCCUCCAUCAGCCAUAAACGGUGAAUCAGCUGACCGAACUGCUCCUAUCAAAGACGUGGGGUGACGUACGACAGAGACAAAUACAACGCUUGUGUGUGAGGGAAAGAAAGACAGUCGGCUAGAGAAGAGUCAGCUCUGGCCACUGAGGACACUUCCUGUAUGUAUGUAUGUAUGUAUGUAUGUAUGUAUGUAUGUAUGUAUGUAUGUAUGUCUGUGUGUGUGGGAGUGUGUGUGUGUGUGUGUGUGUGUCAUGAAGGACACUUCAUUUCUGCACCCAAGUAAAACAAACGCCUGUUUGACAGAAUAUCCAUAAGCCGCCUAAACACGGCAAAACGCACGCAGCAGCCCCAACCUGGCCCCGCCCUCUUCCGGUUUCUUUUUUUUUUGCCCCGUACAGCAAAAAAAAAAGGAUAAGCGGAAGGAAGUGAAACAUUCGAUCUGAUUGAGUAUUUCUCAUCUUUUUCAAUAUGUUGUAUUUGACAAAUCCUGGAAGUCAACCUAUUUAGUUGUGUGAUUUCUAAAUGUUCUUCAAAAACGAGCAUGACAAAAUGUGCAUCAGUUAAUGUAGAUGUGUGAUAACCAAGUGGAAAAGUCAGAUUUUUGUUCUUUUUUGGAUGGCCACAAACAUGUUCACCACGUCAGUGACGGUAGAUGAAGAUCUAUAAUCUAAGAUCUAUAAUCUAUUAUUUUCUCUAUUCUUCCUCAUGGACUUCUUCUCUGAUGUGACUCCAUUUUAUACUAGUCACUGGGAUUUCAUAGCUCCCACAUAAUAUAUUCUAAUGCCAUUUUUUUUGCAUAAAGCUUCUUCGGACGACAAAAAGGGGUCUUUUAUAGAAGAAAUAGGGGGAGGGGGGAAUAAGGAAUGAUUUCUAUGUCUCUUGAAGCUGAAAUAUAUUAUACUAAACCAAUUCGAAUAAUGCUUCUUGUGUUUUUCUGUCAACGAUGUUCCAGCGUUUAUGGAUUAUUAAAGUACAUUUUAGUACAUUUUCAUGAUAUUGGUCAAUGUAUUUUUGUGAAUUAAACUUUUAACCAAA